AUGACCGUUACUUAUACAUUCGACGCUUUUAACACCAGUCUAAUAAGUUUCGUUAGAAUUAUUUUUCGAUGGAAAGGCAGCUUAUGGAAAAGUAUUGUCGUAGAGUUAGCUAUUUGGUGCGUUGCAUAUGCGUUUAUGUCAGUUAUCUACCGGUGUAUUCUUGAAGAAGAGCAACGAGAUAUUUUUGAAAAGAUCUGUCACAUCUUUGAGCAAUAUGGUGGCCUUUUACCAGUUACCUACAUGCUUGGUUAUUUUGUAACACACGUAGUUACACGCUGGAUACAGAUGCUUUUUACAGCUAUUGGGUGGAUUGAUGAUGUCGCCUUGCUCAUUGCCAGCUAUGUUAAAGGUAGCACAAAAGAAGGAAAUACAUACAGGAAAACUAUGUUACGAUAUAUGAUGGUUAUACAGAUAAUGGCUCUUCGGAUUGUUUCGCCGGCUAUGAAACGAAGAUUCCCGACUUUAGACAAACUAAUUGAUGCUGGUUUUCAUUUUAAAAUUCCAAAAAUAACAGGAAAACUACUGUUAACAAAAAGUGAAGAAAGUUACAGUUGUAAUUUCGCCAAAAACAUUGCAAAACUAACAAUCUGUUUAUUACAAACAUCUAAACUUACUUCUGUCAUCAUAAAAUUAUUCUUUUGGUCUUUACAGUAUAUGUUGGAUUUUCGCAAGAGUUCUCUGAAGUGCAUCUUAUACGACUACUUCACACUACCAAUUUGUUACGUUCACGUCCUUUACCUCUAUCCUUACGUUCCGUUCAUGACAAUAGUUCAAUUUAUCUUUCUCACUGGAUGGUGUAAAGUUGCUGAGUCGCUUUUGAAUCCGUGGGGUGAAGACGACGACAACUUUGAAAUCAACUUCAUUGUCGACAGAAACUUAAGGGCUUGUCUACUUCUCAUAUUCUGUAACUGGCAAGAAUCGUCAAACUUUUGCUCCAAUCAUCUGGAACCUAUCAAAUUACUGAAAAUGCAAUUUUCCCUUGAGCUUACUGGUCAGGCCUGCAGUGUCAUUAGACAAAACACCACUUGCUCCAGGUACCACACCCUGAGGACCCUGAGGACACCCUUGACUUACUAUAAAAGAAGAUUCCUCUGUGCCACUAGGAGUUGGCUUUUUUGUCUAGAGCGCUCAUCGUUGCCUUUUUAA